AUGGCAGACGUCCACACAGGCGAAGGCAACAUGGCAUCUGGUAACGGCAGAGACAAGGCCAGACGACAGCAGGCACAAGGCCGGCCUGUCGACAGCAGGCACAAGGCAGGCCAGACGACAGCAGGCACAAGGCCAGAUGACAGCAGGCACAAGGCCAGACGACAGCAGGCACAAGGUCAGAUGACAGCAGGCACAAGGCCAGGCGACGGCAGGCACAAGUCCAGACGGCAGCAGGCACAAGGCCAGACGACAGCAGGCUCAAGGCCAGGCGACAGCAGGCACAAGGCCAGGCGACGGCAGGCACAAGGCCAGGCGACAGCAGGCACAAGGCCAGACGGCAGAAGGCACAGGGCCAGACGACAGCAGGCUCAAGGCCAGGCGACGGCAGGCACAAGGCCAGACGACGGCAGGCACAAGGCUAAACGACAACAGGCACAAGGCCAGGCGACGGCAGGCACAAGACAGGCGCAAGCGUCUGUCUGA